AGUGAGUCAAUCGAUAACAUACAUUAAAAAAAACAUACAACAAAAAUCAACAAAGCCCAAAAACAAGUAUUAAACAUAGGUUUUUGGAUAGUUGCAAGGAUAUUCAUGUACAGAUGCAGCUUAUCCGUUAAAUAUUUAGGUUGCAGUAAAAAAAGUUCCUUGGGAUAGUGUCAGAAUAGAAAACUAAAGAGCACCCACACACUUCAGAAAAGAUUAAUCAUGGAUAUCUCAAAAGCACCCAAUCCACGGAAACUCCAGCUUUGUCGUAAAUAUUUCUUUGCUGGCUUCGCCUUUCUGCCAUUUGUGUGGGCCAUUAACGUUUGCUGGUUUUUCCAGGAGGCUUUCCAUAAACCCCCGUAUCCAGAACAAAGUCAGAUAAAGAGAUUUGUUAUAUACUCCGCGGUGGGAACUCUAUUCUGGCUUAUAGUACUCACGGCUUGGAUAGUAAUAUUCCAGACGAAUCGCACAGCUUGGGGCGCCACAGCAGACUAUAUGAGCUUUAUCAUUCCUCUCGGCAGUGCAUAAGCAUAUUCCCUAGAAAUAACUAACUUAUGAUAUUAAAAAAGACUUAAUCCCAAUCGAAAAUAUAAAUCUAUUAUUAAUGGUUUGAGCAACAAAAUUUACCCAAAAACAUGAUCAAUUAAAGACAUCUAUUUGAUUUAAUUACAUAUUUUUUAUUCACAUCUAAA